CCUUAAGAGCUGUAACACUCACUGCCAAGGUCUACAGCUUCACUUCUGAAGCCAGUGAGACCACCGAACCCACCAGGAGGAAGAAACUCCAAACGUGUCCGAACAUCAGAAAGAACAAACUCCGGACACACCACCUUUAAUAACUGUAACACUCACCGCCAGGGUCCGCGGCUUCAUUCUUGAAGUCAGUGAGACCAAGAACCCACCAAUUCCGGACACAUUAUCAAGAUUCUUCAUAAAUGUUAAUAGGGAUUUUUAUCAGUUUUAGUUGUAGUUUCCAAUUUCUAAAAAUGUUCAGGUAAUUUUUUUACACCUUUCAGAACCUAGCUCAUGAGUGUUGAAUCAAUGUUUUUUCAUGUGAAUUCUUCGUAUAGGCAUUCUUUUCAGAUGUAUUAAACAAGAACCCUUCACAACAAAAAAACAAAAAUACACGCUUCUUUUACUUGGAGCACUAGCUAAUAGGAGGAAAAGAUUCAGGUAAGGUAAUUUACCUUCCCAUAUGAACUUAAAGUUUCAUGUGUCACUCUCCAUCUGGGGCAACUGUAUUUUGAAAGACAUGCUAGUUAACACAGGUGAAUCAGCCUUUAAUGGUGAUAAAGUUUUUACUAUAGUAGAAACUUGUGAUUCUUUCUCUUUUCAAUAAGGAAAGGAGAUUACCGCCAGGAGUGAUUUGCCACUUAUUGCAGUUUUGCCAAUUUUGAUUCAUUAACUGAACCCUCUUGCAGAUUCAGGAGAUAAAAAUGCGGAGUGCCCAGUUAAAUUUGAAUUCAGAUAAACACCAAAUAAUUUAGUAUAUCCCAGAUAUUUCAUUUUUAAAAUAAUAAAUGUGACCCAUGCAAUAUUUGGGACAUACUUCACUAUUUGUAUCUAAAAUUCAAGUUUAACUGGGCAUCCUAUAUUUUAUCUAACAACCCUACUGUAAGCUAGCUGUGCGAAAAAUUGGUUUAGGUUGCUCUUUAAUGCCUUUGGUUUGCUUUCAAAAAUAGUCUCAAAACAAAGCAUCCGAUUUCCCAGUAGUUAGAAGAACUCAAUACCGGUUCCGAAGCUUCUUCAAUUAAAAACGUGCUUCAAAAGAGAAGCCAAUUCUGUGGGAGAUACUUUCCCAAAAAACUCGGGUUUGGGCCACUAUACCGUGAACUACAAACCUCCGCAGGGGUAGGCCCGGGCUGCCCGCCUCACACCGCACUCGCCAGCGAGCAGGGGCCCGGCACCGCAGCCCGGGGCAGAGGCCUUGGAGGUUGUGGAGGUGGGAGAGGCCUCGGCCGACCCGCUUCAAUCCGUCUUCUCCAAGCUCGGUGGGGAAAACAAACUUCCUGAGCGGCCCUGCCCCCUCCAGUUGCCGGACGCUCUUUUCCUCUCAUCCCCCACUUGUCUCCCCGUCCGGGUUGGAUGGCGAAGACGGCGCUCAGAGCACGCAGCACCGGGAAUUAACAGCGAGUUUUGAAAUCUAGAGCUCGCAAGGUGUGCGUCGCCUGCUGCUGUUCAUUCCAGAGGGUCUUCUGCUGGAGGAGGAGGGGGCCCUCGACCUCGGGCUCCCGCUCUCGGGCUCCCGCUCUCUCGCUCUCUUUUUUUUUUUUUUUUUUUGGUCGGAGGAAAGAAAACAGCCCUGCGCCCGGAUGCGUAGAGAGCCGACUAGUGGAAACAGGGACACACCCUCCCGUGAGCCCGCCCCAGCUGGAGCCGCGGCGCGCUGAGCGAGCAGGCGGGGCGGGAGCGCCCACAGCUCGGAGCCACCAGGCGCUGACGAGGAGCCCGGCUGAGGGAGGAUGCGCCGCUGACGCCUGCCGGAGCCGCGCGCCUGGGCGGGAGGAUGCUCCAGAGGGGCCUCUGGCCGUGGCGCGCGCGGCUGCUGCCGACCCCUGGCACCUGGCGCCCAGCGCGCCAGUGGCCGCUGCCGCCUCCGCCCCAGGUUUUGUGUGUGAAGCUGUGUGGAAAUGUGAAAUACUACCAGUCACACCAUUAUAGUACCGUGGUGCCACCUGAUGAAAUAACAGUUAAUUACAGACAUGGCCUUCCCUUGGUAACACUUACCUUGCCAUCUAGAAAAGAACGUUGUCAAUUUGUAGUCAAACCAAUGUUGUCAACAGUUGGUUCCUUCCUUCAGGACCUACAAAAUGAAGAUAAGGGUAUCAAAACUGCAGCCAUCUUCACAGCAGAUGGCAACAUGAUUUCAGCUUCUACCUUGAUGGAUAUUUUGCUAAUGAAUGAUUUUAAACUUGUCAUUAAUAAAAUAGCAUAUGAUGUGCAGUGUCCAAAGAGAGAAAAACCAAGUAAUGAGCACACUGCUGAGAUGGAACACAUGAAAUCCUUGGUUCACAGACUAUUUACAGUCUUGCAUUUAGAAGAGUCUCAGAAAAAGAGAGAGCACCAUUUACUGGAGAAAAUUGACCACCUGAAGGAACAGCUGCAGCCCCUUGAACAGGUGAAAGCUGGAAUAGAAGCUCAUUCGGAAGCCAAAACCAGCGGACUCCUGUGGGCUGGAUUGGCACUGCUGUCCAUUCAGGGUGGGGCACUGGCCUGGCUUACGUGGUGGGUGUACUCCUGGGAUAUCAUGGAACCAGUUACAUACUUCAUCACAUUUGCAAAUUCUAUGGUCUUUUUUGCAUACUUUAUAGUCACUCGACAGGAUUAUACUUACUCAGCUGUUAAGAGUAGGCAAUUUCUUCAGUUCUUCCACAAGAAAUCAAAGCAACAGCAUUUUGAUGUGCAGCAAUACAACAAGUUAAAAGAAGACCUUGCUAAGGCUAAAGAAUCCCUGAAACAGGCGCGUCAUUCUCUCUAUUUGCAAAUGCAAGUAGAAGAACUCAAUGAAAAGAAUUAAUCUUACAGUUUUAAAUGUUGUCAGAUUUUCCAUUACGUAUUGAUUUUGCAACUUAGGAUGUUUUUGAGUCCCAUGGUUCAUUUUGAUUGUUUAAUCUUUGUUAUUAAAUUCUUGUAAAACAGAAGUAUUGUUUGAAGUUCUCAACUGAGAUUUUUACUUUUUGGAUUUUUAUGACUUGCUAGUGUUAGAAAGGGCUUGUAUGCGUCUAUCAAAGCAACAGUGGCUGCUGUUAGCUAAAAAUCCUUGUCAGCUUGUCCCACGUUUAUUCUCUAUGUGGAGGUGAAAGGGUCUGUGCUUGGCAUUCACUUCCAUUCUUAGACUUAAUUUGGAAUCAUCCUUUUAAAAAAAUCAGAGACCAGGUCUUGCCAAAUCAAACUCCUGGGCUCAAGCAACCCUCCUGCCUCAACCUCCCACGGAAUCAUCUUGUCAUUAACUUCUUUUUUUAAUAUGCAGUAGUUGGGAGUAAGAUCUUUUUAUCAUUUAUCAAAAAGGCAUAAAUGUUCCACCAACCAUAAAGUAUAGUUGGUACUUUUUGAACUUCAACUGAAACAGUGUAUAUAAACGAUUGCUUUUGAACCUGCAAAUCACAAGUUUCAGGUAUCGAAGCCAAAACAGUUAACUUUCUUCAGCCUCUGGCAGAUUAUUAACAAAACAGUAUUAUUCAGAUUCUAUAUCAUAUUAAUAAGAAUUGAACCUUGAAAGUAACAUCUGUUAUUCUAUUGAUGUGAUUGUGUGUGAAUGGGUCUGAUGACUGUUGGACUGUUUGUAGGAACUUAACAUGGAAGAUGCUGACAGAAUCAGAUUUUGCAGGUGUUCAACCUAUAGUGGCUAAGAAUUAUCAUAUUUUCUAUUUCAUCCUCAGAAUGCCAUACGACAAUUCUGGAAUGCUGAUUUUUUUUAAAGUAGGAAUUAAAGUCAUACACAAAAUGUGGUAAUUCAUAUGUAGAUGAAAUAUUAAACAUUUAAAUGACCGAGUAAAAAACAUCUAUCAAUUACACAAAUGAACAAGAAUGUGAGUUAGAAAAAUGUAAUAAAAUAUGAAUUUCAAAUAUUUUA